AUGUCUCACGAGCAUUGCCCUUGUUGUUUCAAUUUCGAUGCAGAGUUGGUAGCACCAGGUUCCAACAAUGAUGUCAGAGUGGACUCAAAAGAGCUCGUAGUACUGGUGCUUCGAGACAUCAUACAAUUCGAGAGCGCGGCGAUUUCAGGUUGUGACUGUUGCGCAUUCAUUGUUAAGGCUCUCACAUCUUCAGAUCUGUUGGGGAUUGAGAACCAGAUGGGAAUUCAGCUUUACCUUCGACUUCCGAUUGGACAUGGGAAUCCAGAGAUAUUAUUCGGCGAUCCUGAGCGCUCGCAAAUGUUCCUGCAAUUCUAUACUGACUAUGCUCAAGGAGAGACUUGGAAACGAGUCAAGCCUUUGCCAGACAUUUGCGAUGACCAUUUGUCACGCGAAGGCUUGAGCUUCGUCAACGCUUGUUUCUAUAACUGUAUCAAUGACCAUAAGCUCUGCAAGCAAGACAACUCUACUUUGCCAACCCGAGUUUUAGAUAUAGGGAGCGCUGGGGAUGAUAAAAUUUGCCUCGUUAAAUCAGAGGUUCUCAAACCUGGAAAAUAUGUCGCACUCAGUUACUGCUGGGGUAGAAAUCCAUCUAUCAAAGCCUUGACCGAGAACCUGGAAAACAUGAAGGCUGGGAUUGCACUCCAGGAACUUCCAGCCGCUUAUACUGACGCAAUCGCCCUUACUCGAGAGCUUGGGGUAAGAUACUUGUGGAUAGAUGCACUUUGCAUCAUUCAAGACUCCGAAGCCGAUUGGGAAAGGGAAUGCACUAGGAUGGCCGAUACAUACGCCAACGCUUUCUUGACCAUUGCAGCCUCGUCAUCAACGUCUGUGACCAGUCACUUUUUACGGCCUCAACUCAAGCCACCACCUCGAGCGGCCCAGGACAUGUGCGCGAUCUACAGCGAAUCAAUGAGAAGCGAAAGGGGGCCUCCGAUUCUACUGAAAGUUAGGCUGAUGCAAGCAACCGGUGCUCAUUGGAAGUGGAAACCAUCUCACAGGACGGAUCAACAGCCGCUCGUGGAACCUCUCACACAACGAGGCUGGACAUUGCAGGAGAAGGUCCUGUCAACCCGGCUACUGUCUAUAUCUGCAAUGGAGAUGGCAUGGACGUGCAAAGAGGCAAUAUUCUGCGAAUGCGGGUCGAGAUUGAACCACCAGCGUGAAUUUGGAGGAACGCCAUUGAGUCAAAUAUCGCGACAUAGUGAAGCAUUCAAUUUCUGGCACAAAGUUAUCGAGAAUUACUCCAAGAGAAACCUCACGCAGGCCGGAGAUAAGCUCCCAGCGAUAUCAGCUAUAGCCGCUAUAGUCCAGAAGAAGAUCGGGUCAGAUUACGUGGCUGGUCUAUGGACUGAUAACAUUGAUCUGGAUCUGCUGUGGCGGAGGCCAUCAGCCAGUAGGAUUCAAGCUGCCAACUCAUCUUACAUCGCCCCGAGCUUUAGUUGGGCUUCAAUCACGGGAGAGGUCGAUUACCUGUGUUUUCGAAACGGAAAAUGGCCAUAUGAGAAGGCAGCUACUGUGCUGGAGGUCAAGGCAGUAACAGGUCCUGAGGCGCCACUUGGAAGAGUCACCAGCAGCAAGAUGAUAAUCAACGGGCCGUUGGCGAUGGGGUAUCUCGAGAGUCGGGGCCCGUAUGAUUGGUACGCGGUGCGAUUUGGGCGGGCUCUUCUGUGGUUUUCCGCCGAUACGGGCCUCUCAACAAUUGUAAACGGCAGCGAAGUCUCAGUGUGCAGAAGAAGCUGUGAGUACAAGGGAAGCGAUGUUGCCGAGGAGCUGAGGCGGCUAAACCGAAAGCGGAGUUCUGGGGAUACACACCACCUGACCGAGCCCACCACGGGUAAUUCAGCGAUUCGAUGUUGGGUGCUGAGACUUGGGGCAUUUCCGUUCGGGGAUAAGGGGCACAGAGAUCACGAGUGGCUAGUGCUGGGGCGGUCAGCGACACAGCCCGAGCUCUUUGAGAGGGUCGGACUAGGGUCGCUGAAGGAUAGUCAAGAGGCGGAGGUAUUCGAGUUGGAGACGAUAACGACGGUUACGAUAGUCUGA